AUUUUGAUGCCCACAAACUGCGCUGAUAUAUACAAUAAAGGAAUAAAAGACAGUGGUCUUUAUGAAAUUGAUCCAGACGGAAAAGGAAGCUUCAAGGUGUUUUGUGAUAUGACAACAUCAGGUGGAGGAUGGACUGUAUUUCAACGUCGUCUUGAUGGAAGUGUUGACUUCUACCGAGGAUGGCAAGAUUACAAACAAGGUUUUGGUAACUUGAGCGGAGAAUAUUGGCUUGGUCUUGACAAAAUACACAGGACGACAAAUAUUUCACAAAAUGAACUUCGUAUCGACUUGGAAGAUACAUCUGGAAACACCAGAUACGCUCAUUAUGAUUCAUUUAAAGUCAGCAGCGAAAAUGAGAAGUACAAGUUGGAGGUUCGAGGUUAUGACGGUACAGCAGGAGACUCGUUGAAAAAACAUAACGGUAUGGCUUUCACCACCAAAGAUUCUGACAAUGAUAUUGAUUCAAAAGGUAAUUGUGCAGUAAAAUUCAAAGGAGCCUGGUGGUAUUGGGGUUGUCAUGAUUCCAAUUUGAAUGGUUUGUAUCAUUAUGGCGCACACACAUCGUUUGCUGAUGGAGUCAACUGGAAACAUUGGAAAGGAUAUGAUUAUUCACUGAAAUCAACAUCGAUGAAGAUACGACCACGUGAAUUUGGAAAAAAGAACUAA